GCUCCGCUAUACACCCAGCCGGUGGAGAUCGGUGUAAUGUAUUUGUCAUGGUAAAGGCAAUGCCAGGUCUCUCAUUAACUCCAGUCUGAGCCAAAGUUCACCAAAAUUAUAUAGGUGGAAAGAAGAAGGACGGAGGUCUGCCAAAGUCAAGAUUAAUAAUUGAACAUUGAAUUAUUUGUUGUACCUCAGACUGACGGUGAGUGAGCUCUGAAGACUGACAUCACCAGUUUCAGUCUGAAUUGUUGAAGUUUUGGUACAGGUCCACUUUGAAGAGACAGUUUCAUCUUCAAUCGGAGUCCAAAAUGGUGACACGGCAGUUUGAAGGAAAGCAGCACGCAUCUGAUUAUCAGAAAUUCAGAUCUGGGCCAUCACAAGAAAUAACAGACCUUAUCUUCAGUUACAUGGAGGAAAGGUUGUCCAAACCGUAUGGCUUUGCUGUGGACGCUGGCUGUGGAACGGGACAGAAUACAAGAACUCUCGCUCCAUACUUCAAGAAGGUUCUCGGAAUCGACAUCAGUGAGGCUCAGAUAGAAGAGGCCAGGAAAGCUCCGGGAUCACCCAAUGUCACAUACAGUGCCUGUCCAGCUGAAGAGGUGCCGGUUGGUGACGCUUCUGUCGAUCUACUAACAGCGAGUAUUGCUGCCCAUUGGUUUAACAUUGAGCCAUUUCUUAAAGAGGUCGAUCGGAUCUUAAAGCCAGGAGGCUGCCUUGCUAUCUUCACUUUCUACCUCAGUAUAGAAGUCCACUACAAGGACUGCACAGAACAGAUGACUCAAGUCUUUGCAGAGAUGAUAGAUAGUCUGGUCCCAUAUGAGCAUGAGAAGGUUCGACAUCUCAGGAAUGGAUACAAGGAAAUGUAUGAAUCCAUCCCAUACCCCGACAAAAGGAGGAUAGAAAACAUUUUGACCAAGACCCGAAUGCCAAUUGCAAGGCUGAUGGGUUUUAUUCAGACCUUCCCCAUGUUCCAUAUCUAUCUCGAGACCAAACCCGAGGAAGCGAAGGAAAUGAUAAGAACAGCAGAGGAAAGGUGCCUUCGGCUCAUGGGGACGUCCUCCGGUGAAACGGAGGUUGAAGUUUGGCUACAAAACGUCCUGGUAUUGGCUUCUAAACCGCAGUGAAGGAAGAGUUUUGAAAACCAACGCUGAACCCUGCAAGACGUGGCUGGAGACCCCGCUAAUCAGAAUUUUACCAUAUCAACGUUCUGUUAACAGAUUAAAUAUGUCAAAUGUACAAAUGGAAAAAUCUCGCACAAUCUGCUCUGUAUAAAAUCAAACCAAAUCAAACCAAAUAUAUACACCUAAUGCCGCGUACACAUGACCGUUUUUCGCAAUGUAAAAAAUGACAUUUUUAUUUAUGGCAUUAAAAACUAUC